AGGCAUGGCGCUCAGUAUUCUGCAUGAUGUGGGAGGGGGAUGGUGUGCGCUCCUCGGUCCGACCCCCGCCUGGUUACUUAUAUUUAUUCGCAUAACUCCGUCCAGUGAAAGUGAAUGUGAAUGUGACAGUGAAGGAAGGAAUAAUAUGACGUGAAGAAAGAAGAUAGAAGGGUAAACAAGAGAGAGAGAGAGAGAGAGAGAGAGAGAGAGAGAGAGAGAGAGAGAGAGAGAGAGAGAGAGAGAGAGAGCGCAACAUGCAGACUACAAUGAAAACAAACGCAACAGAAUUUUUCACCGGAAUUUCACCCCUAAAAGGUGUAUCCGCGAUGAACGGGACUCACCUGGCUAACGGGCGGUCGGGCAGGUGUCAUUGCUGUCCCUACGGUUACCACAUCGAUCUGGACUUUGUGAGAUACUGCGAGAUGGUGAACCAGGUCUCUAAGAAUGACAACCCAACUUUACGUCACUUGAAGAAAUUGAAGAGACAAAGAAGAAGACAAACUCAAUCUAUGGAAGUUCUGUUAGGACUCGAACCGGGGGAAGAAAAUGCUACUACUACUACUACUUCUAUUACUGCUGCCACUGCUGCUGCUGCUACUACGGCGCCUCAGUAUCUUCAGAAUAUUCAGGAGUUAAAUUCUGGUUCUGCUACUUCUUCUACUGCUGCUACUGGGCAUCACUUCCCGAGAUUACAGAUUAUUGAAGAUCCCCAACCAAUCAGCAAGGAGAAGGAGCGUACCCCCCCUCCUCCUCCCCCCCGCCGCAGCCGCACCCCUGGAGGAGGCGGGGGGGCGGGGGGGCCUCCUCCUGACGUGAUCAGCCCCUCCAGAAGGGCAGUGAGCGACGCCCUGGCUGCCAUGAACGAGCGCAACAAAAAGGUGGGGGAGGGGGCAGGGAUAGAGCGCCCCCCACCCUGCCCUCGAGAAGCAGUUUUGGACUUCGAGGAGAUGCUGGAGACAUCGAGGGAGAGAAUAGGAGGAGGAAGAGGAGGAGGAGGAGGAGGAGGAGGAGGAGGAAGGGCCAACACACUCCCCUCUCUAGACCUCCUCCACCACACGCCACAACCUCCACCACGCCUUCACCACAGCGAGGGCAAGAGUGGAGUGAGUGUGUCCCGCUCUCACUCUCUCCCCAGGCAAUGGUUACGGCGCCCCCUAUACCCUUCCCGCUCCUCUCUCUCCCCUACCCCUUCCCCCACGCCCUCACACGCCCACAGCGACACGGAAGACUGCAGGAUGGCGGUGGUGCGGGCGCUGCGGCAGAGUGUGGGUGGGGUGGGCGUGGGCGGGGUGUGGGGGCGGCCUCUCUCCACGCCUCCCAGCCCACGCCACCACCACCACAACCUGGAUGCUUACUACCAGUACUUAAACACCUGCACGCCUCCCCCGCCGCCCACGCCUGCCUCCUCCGUGGAGGACUGGCCAGCCGUGAGUCGCCUCCGCACCUCCUCCACCUCCUCCCUGCCGCCGCCACCCGUGCCCCCUCCGCCCGCCGACGUGGGUCAUAUUCAGCAGGGCGGCACUGGGCGGCUGGCGGACACUCUAGCCGCCCUCAAUGCCGCCCGGGGAUGCUUCACGCCCAUCUGCCCGGAAUUCGACACCCUCAGCGUGGCCUCAGGGAUGUCAGGGGUCAGCACCACCACCCUGCAGUCGAUCCGGGACCAGAUGGCCACCAGCCUGGCGCGCCUCAAGGAGCUGGAGGAGGAGGUGAAGCAGAUCCCCGUGCUGCAGGUUAAGGUGAACGUGCUGAAGGAGGAGAAGAAGCUGCUGCUGGACCAGGUGCGGGGGCUGGCCCGUGGGGAGGACCGGCCCCCCCUUCUGCUGCCCCCCAGCCUGGAGGGUGACCUCACGGACCUGUCUGAGGACGAGCUGGAGACGCGCCUUGCCUCGCUGCGAUCAGGCCCCGCGCGCCGCCGCCGCAGCGAGUCCCCCCUGAGGGUGAACCUGGAGGAGUUCAAGUCGUACCGGCGGGCGCGGCGCGGGUCGCUGUCUGAAGGGUCCGAGGCGGAGAGCGUGGCGGGGGACGACUUCCCUCUGCGCAUCACGGAGCCCCAGGACCCCCAGCGCCGCCCCGUCCCGCCCCGCCGCCUGGGGCACGAACCAGCCUACAGCCUGCCGGGCACGCCUCUCAUGGGCCGCAGGAAGUCACGGGACGCCGCCACCAGCUGCCGCGUGCUGACGCGUGACGUGGGAGUGACGCACGUGGGCGCCAGGACGCGCUCCGUGGGCCUGAUGGCCUCCAGCGAGGCGGAGCCCUGCGCUGAGUGUGAAGAGCGCGGCCACCGGAGCUUCCAGGACAAGGGCGUGGCCACCGAGCCGCAGGAGGACAGCCGGCGGCGCUUGAGCGUGAAGAGCGUGUCCACGGAGAGCAUCGGGCCCGAGGAGGCGGAGCAGGAGGGCGCUACCUCCAAGAACUCCUUCCUGGCCAAGCUGGGCCGCAAGUCAGCCAUCAUCAGCCGCCUGUCCGAGCCGCAGCUGGUGCCGCCCACCCUCACCUUCGACAAUUCCACCAACACGGAGCCCGUGGUGCGGCGCGACCAGGCGUGUGGCACCAGCCUGUCCGGGGCGCGCCUGUAUACUCCCGCGGAUCUCGCCCAGCACGUGGCGCGCGCCAAGGAGGAGUGGGAGGGCGCCGAGCGAGCCAGGCAGCAGCUGGCACGCUCCUCGCGGCCCCUCACACUGGACUGCGGCACGCAGGCCGUCCUGGACCUGCCUGCGCCUCCCAAGACCACCUUCAGGCCCCUCAUGCAGAGCGUGGGCAGCCAGGCACAGCCCCGCGGCGUGGACGUGGGCGUGGGUGCCGCAAGGAUCACCGACGACCCCUGCCCGCGCUGUUCAGGCCUCAGGACGCGCUCCGUGGCCUGCGGCUCCUCCGUGCCCCAGGCGGCGCCCGCGCCCACCACGCCCUCCGUCAGGACCCGCAGCGUGGCGAGCGGCGAACUGGCGCUGCACGAUCCCUGCUGCCCAGACCGCCCCGCCCCGCCCCGCCGCUCUGUGGGCUGCGGCCUGGACCGCAUCACGGACCGCCUGUGUGACCGCUGUGACAACCUACGUGUGCGCUCCGUGGGCGUGGGCACUCCGCCGCCUCCGCCCACCCCCGUCCCCCCACCACCUGUUGAAAAACCCAAGCCUCCAGUCACACACUCCACCUACACCCAGACCCGCCCGCCCUCCACCCGCACCGCCUCCGUCAACACUGCGCCACUGCCCAUCAAGAAGGAGGAGGCCGCCCCGCCCAGCCCCGCCGGCACGCCCGAGGUGGAGCGGCGGGCUUUCGGCAGCUCCGGGGUGCGGGUGUGUGACAAAUGCCACGAGGCCAUCACAUCCGUGGCCAAAGACAUCGUGGGCACUAGCGGCUCCACCUCCUUGCCGCCCCUGCCUCCACCCGCCUCAAAGAUCCCCCGCCUGGUGGACAUCACCAAGGUGGAGCCACGCCUGGACCCGCCCCGGCCUGACUCCCGGGCCAGCGAUGGGAGCCACCCGGACACCCAGCCUGCCAGCCUCACCAACCAGCCUGAGGCACGGCCCUCCAUGGUGCCGCAGCGCUCUGGCCUUACGCCGCCCAGGACACUGAGGACUGAACCGGCCUUCACACAGACACAGAGCUCCAUCACCUCCACCUCCGCCUCCUCCAGGGUCACCACAGAGGCCAAGGUGACAGCAGCAGCUGUGCCCAAGAUUCAGGUCACCCGGGUGAACCAGACGCUGCCAGAACCUACUGUGAAGGAACCCCCCACCACCACCACUGCCACCGCCACAGCUACAGCUGCCACCACUGCGCAGGAGUCAGCCACACAGGAGGUGCUUGCCAUGGGAUGCAGCCCUAGCAAAGAGGAACUGCAGUGUGAAGUGAGACUCAAUGACCUAAAGACACGUGACCCCCUCCUUGGGUCAGCUCAGGUCAACGGGUCAGGUAUCAGAGCAAAGGUGAAGGCAGCCAGUGACCUGACCCUCAGCCAGACCCAGCAUGUGCAUCGCCUUGGCUCCAUGACUAUCUUUGAGAACCCCUUUGACCCCAUCAAUGGGUGCACCCUGGAGGACCUUGUGCUGCUGGAGUCCUGCCAAGCGAAUGAGGAGCCAGAGACGCCUGACUUGAGGGAUGUGGACGUGCUAGUGAGGGAGAUGUUGAUACCUGGCUGGGGGCAGGAUGAGGGGGACAGUGAGGGAGAGGAGGAAGAGGAGGAAGAGGAUGAAAGAGGUAAGCGAGCAGCAUACACCCGCCAGGACACCUACACAAAGUCCUCGGAGGGUAUUGUCAACCUGGGCUUCGAAGAUCACAAACCAGCAGGACAGAAGCAGGCAGCGUCAGUUGGGACCUCCACCCAAGCCUCCACCCAGGCCUCCACCCAGGCCUCCAUCCUUACCACCAUCACAGAAAGCAGCAAGAAGUCUCUCACCACAUCCACUACCACUACUACCACAUCAUCCACUACUACUGCUGCCACUAAGACACAGAAGCAAAAGACAGACACAAAGGAGGAGAACACCAGCAGGAAGACGAGUGAGAGUGAGGCGGCAGUGGCGGCGGCUGUGAUCCAGGGCAAGGGCAGCGAGGCGAGUGAGUCCUCCGGUGAUGAGAGUGAGAGUGAGGACGAGGGUGGGUCAGUCAUCGAUGGGGCGUCCCUCCUCUCCCAGCUUGGCGGUGGCUCCACCUACCGCAGUGACUCCUCCAUCUUCACUGCUGCCAGCGAGACCAGCAGGAAGAAAGCUGUGCCGUCCAGGGAGAUGAAGGCGGCUCUCAAGGUGCUCAACGACUCCAUUGGCAAGCCAGUGCGGUCCGGCCAGCAGCUCACCAAUGCACUCAACAUUGUGCAGCGGGAGUGGCUCAAGGUCUCCAGCCAGAAGGACGCUGACCCCCACGCUGUGGAGGAUUACAUGGACGCCUUUGAGGACUACUCCAAGAACCUCCUGCAGAAGGUGGUGAACCUGGCCGACGUGAAUGGCAACACCGCCAUGCACUACGCCGUGUCUCAUGGUAACUUUGACGUGGUGUCUGUGCUGCUCGACUCAAAGGUGUGCAAUGUAAACCAGCAGAACAAAGCAGGCUACACAGCCACCAUGCUGGUCUCCCUGGCACAGAUCAGAUCCCAAACCCAUGCCAGUGUGGUGCAGCGCCUCUUCCAGCUUGGCGACCUCAACAUCAAGGCCAGCCAGCAUGGGCAGACGGCACUGAUGCUGGCAGUGUCCCAUGGCCGCCUGGACAUGGUGCAGAUGCUGGUGGCGGCCGGGGCGGAGAUCAACAUUCAGGAUGAUGAUGGCUCCACGGCCCUCAUGUGUGCCGCUGAACAUGGACACCUGGCCAUUGUCAAGUUCCUCCUGGCCCAGCCCGACACAGACCCAACACUGAUGGACAAUGACGGCAGCACAGCCCUCACCAUCGCAGUGGAGGCUGGGCAUAGGGACGUUGGGGUGCUGCUCUACAAGCACCUCAACCUGUCCCGCGGCUCCUCCCCGUACUCCUCAGUAAGGAUCAAGAGGUCGCGCACGCCAAACGCCUACCGCUCCUCCGUCACCCCCCCACCCCGCUCCUCUGCCCCGUCCUCCCCCGGGCGCUCCAGGAAGUCCUCAAACCCGGCUUCCCCAGGCAGAUCCAGAAAGUCCUCAGCCUCCCUCUCCAACCUUAUCCUAUAGACACAAAGACAGGCGGGGUGCGGCUCAUACACCACUCAUACAUUCACCUCACCAGUCCACCAGUCCACCAGUCCACAAGUCACUCAUCCAUGCACUCCUGAUGCCACGCCACACUUCCAGGACAUCACCAGGCUAAGUUACAAACCCUUAAAUUAUUAUUAAAUACACUGAUUAUUUAAAAGCUUUUGUGUGUGUUUAUGGUAAUGGAAAUAUUCACAAUCACAGCCUGACUCAAGGAAAUCUUUGUUAAUAAUAAGCAUAUUUGCUCAUGCCAAAAUAUUAUUCUCAUUUGAAAAACUCAUUUUUAUUUUCUUUAUUUAUUUAUUUUUAUUUUUUUCACAUGGACGAUAUGCCGUGUAACAGUUUUACUCUAGAUUGUCUGGCAUGAGCUACAGUAACGUCCCUAGCAAGGGUUUUCUCAAGUCAGGCUGUAUUAACUGAAAUAUUGCUUGCUUAAAAUGCGAAGAUUCUGAUGUGUAAACUGUGAUGUCCCUGCAGUGUGUGUAUGUGUGUGUGUAUGUGUUUGUGUUUGUGUGUGUGUGUGUAUGGGAGGCUUACACAUGACAAGGCUGACCUGUCUGUCUGUCUGCUGGUGUAUUUAUGACAAAACAUAUUAAUAUUUAACAUGAAUAACAAUUAAUUAAUAUAUUCCAUUAUCUAUAUGUAACGUGAUGCAUUUGACCGAGGCAUUUUCUAAAGAUGUUGUGGAGGAUGCAUUAUUAUAGUGCAUUUAAUAAGUGGAGAGGGCAAGACAAAACUGUAUUUGUUAUUAAACCCUAUGGUGCAUUUGUUUGUGUGCAUGCGUGCGUGUGUAUACGUAUGUGUGUGUGAUGAGGCGCCUUGUGGGGACCAAACUACACCUUCAGGUUGUAGAAGGAAGGUAAACAGGGUAUUGCUGACCCAUCGUUAUGCAGGUGCUAUGUCCUGAGGUGUGAUGGGACCUCUCGUGCGUUGCAACAAUGGCAUGCUACUUAUGAACGGGGAAACAGAGAGAUACCACAGUGCUUUAAGUUUGGAUGAAUUUUCUUGCUAGUCUUUCCCCACUUCUUCCUGUCUCUUGUGACCUGAGAGAAGAGGACAUGCAGGACAGGAGAGGAAAGCAUGCUACCUCCUCCUAUCUUGUCUACCUUGAGAGGAAUGGAUGUGCAGGAUGGGAAAGGGUGGAAAGUGCUGGCAAGAAACUGUGAUCCCAUGUAGAAAUAGGCAAAAGCUGAAGACAAAGGAGGAGGAGUAGUAGUUUCUGACUGUGCUGGAGAGAUUAAAUGUUCACAAAACUACAAUUGUAUUUGGUUUUCAAUACUAAACUGUCACAAAAGUUGGACAGGCAAACUUUUCUUUUAUCCAUUAAAAAUCACAAACGAGUCAGUCAACGUGUGAGUUCUGCUGUGCUGUUUGUAUUUAAAUUAGUGUUUGAAUAUAAAAAGAAGUGCCUUGGAAAUACUGUGUUAAGGUUGUAUACAGCAUGCCAUUUCAUACAUGUUAAUGAAUUGUUAAACCUUGCAAUGUUUUAAAGUUUAUUAAAGAAAUGUAGUGUGUGUGUGUGUGUGUGUGUGUGUGUGUGUGUGUGUGUGUGUGUGUGUGUGUGUGUGUGUGUGUGUGUGUGUGUGUGUGUGUGUGUGUGUGUGUGUGUGUGUGUAAUACUUGCCAAAGAUAACAAGAAAAUAACCAGAAGUAUCUUUUUAUGUAUUCAAAUCUGAAAGUCUAAUUUGAACUUCAAUUAUUUAAUGUUUCAAAUAUUACAGAAAACUUUAUCCAUUGAGACAAACGUGAGGUGAUGGGUUGAAAUGUCCGUCAGAAAAGAACCAAUGACAGUGUUUGUGAUCCUGAAGGCUGGAUUGUCCCCUAAAGACUGUAUGUUAAUGUUUGUUUUGGCACCACAAGUCACCAGUUCUUCCCCCUGAGCUGCUGUAAUACUUCAUGGAGAACUACACUCCAAAUAUCUUUAGUUACUCUUAAUCCCAUUACUGUUGUCCUUCAAACUAACCAUUGACGUGGAGUUCAUGUAGUUUUCUCAAAUAUCUUAUGUUCAAAUCCACUACUUAAUUACACCUAAACUCAUUUUCAUGUCAGACGUGCCAAUGUAACAAAUUCACCAAUAAUGUAUUAAUGGAGUUUCACUGCCAUUUAUCAUCACUGUCAUUGCUGUCAGACAUUAAUAAUAAUACGUUUAAGACUAUUGAUGUUGCAGCUUGCGACUAACUUCAUCUGUGAUGGUCAUUCCAUUUCAGCCUCUUGCUAAUAGCUGGAAAUGUGUUUGUGACGUGCAGUGUCAGGAGAAAGGUCUGGCCUUCGUCCUACUUCCUGUCCUAGUUUCCCCUUACUGAUCCAGGCACUUCAUCAUCACACCUUUUCCUUUGGCUGCUCCUAUUAGGGACUGCCACAGCUUAUAAUCUUCAUCUUACUGUCUUCUACAUCAUCUGUUACAGCCAUCAUUGCAAUAUCUAUUAUUUUGUCUGCUCCCAAUGGGGGGCCACCACACCUGACCACCCAUUUCCACCUGUCUACUGUGUUUUCUCUUAAACCCACCUCUUGUUACACUACAGUAUCUACAUCUCAAUGAAAGAUACUUUUUCCCACAAGCUAUCCGUCCCUCACUGAGUGCAAUGAACAAUUCACAGACCCUCCCUAUUACUGUGCCAGAUAUGUUGAUACCUGGAGAGCAGUAACACAACACUAGCUGGAUCUUUCUCCUCCCUGAGCACUGCAUGUGUAAGCUUGGAUCUUUGUCUCUGUGCUGCACACGCUCUGAGUGUGUGAGCUUGUUCGAAUUAUGCAUUCCGGAGGCAGUUGGUACAUUUGUUGAAGAAAUAUUAAUGUUUAGCUGUGAAAUGUUGAGGUUGUGCCAAGCUUAAUAAAAAGUUGUUACUGA